UCUUUAAGAUCCGGCCGUUUCGACCAAUCAUUCCUCGACCGCCGUUGUGGCAUUCUGUGAACGAUCACAAUAAAAUUGCGCAAGCGCAAUUUUCGUCCAUCUGACUGAUAGCUAACCUUGUUUUUGAAAUUUGCACAGUUUCACAUAAGGACGUUGGGAAUAAUAUCGAAAGUAAACAACGUCCGCUCCUGUUAAAAGAUCCGAUGUAUUGCACGUAGUAUCGGCAAUUUUCUCCGCGAUCGGAUGCCGUUUACGUGCUCCGUUGUCGCGCGAUGAGCUUGUAGGAUGGCGACGAGGGAGAGUAGGAUCGAAUCCGUGGCAGAUCCCUGCCCUGUGAAUCCACGCAGGAUCGGCCCGCAGAACGUGGUGGUGCGUCUCCGACGUAGGGAGACGAUGGGUUGUCCAUAUCCAGGCACCCAUGUGCACUGCGCUCGACAGUUCUACCAGAAUGUCUUUCCCAACUUCACUGUGAUGAAUGUGGAGAAGCCGCCGUGCUUCCUUCGCAAGUUUAGCCCAGACGGGAGGUACUUAGUGGCGUUCAGCGCGGAUCAGACUUCGAUCGAGGUGUACGAGUACCGCGGAGCACCGGCUGCCGCAGACUUACUGGCCGACUGCGAAGGCGAGUACAUCGGCCACAAGAACGACGACUGUAGCUUUCACAUACGAAGUAAUAUCUUCGCGCGAUUUUUCAAGGUAAAGUGGAUUAUAAAUGUAGUAGAAAGCAACCAGCAAUUGAACAGAGAAUGCAGUCUUUUCACCGAUGACGCUCGGUAUGUAAUCGUGGGCUCGGCCGCUCAUAUCCCUGAGGAAUUGAGGCCACAUUUUUAUCAGAUUUAUUCCAAUAAUGAGGCACUGACACCGAAUCCUAGAUCACCGCUUGAAGAUUAUAGCUUGCACCUUGUUGAUUUAAGGGGUGGAAAAUUAUGUGACACUAGACAUUUUAAAGUCGACAAAAUUUAUUUGUCGCACAAUCAAGGUUUAUAUUUAUACAAAGAUAUAUUAGCAGUUUUAUCUGUACAGCAUCAAAUGAUUCAUAUCUUUCAAAUUCUUGACGGCAUGUUUAUAAAUGUCAGAACAAUAGGAAGGUUUUGCAUGGAAGACGAUGCUUAUUUAGUGACGAGUGCUUUUCCUGGGAUUAAUUGUCGGCCAUUUAAGGAUGUUGCAAUAAAUAGUUUGAAGCACAGAUUACUAGUAUAUUUAUACAAAAGAGCAGAAUAUAUAAGCUAUGUGACCAAGGAUCCUUAUGAACUGAGAAGAUUUUAUCAAUAUUUUGAUCAGUUAAAUUCUCUAAGAAUGUGGAAGAUGCAGUUAUUGGAUACCAAUCAUAUCUUGGUGAGAUAUGCUAGCGAAGAAGUAGCAACAUUGCAAGCAACUGAACCAAAUGCGCAGCCGGCUUUAUUAGUGGUUUACGAUAUGGUUACGGCAAAAAUUUUGGCGGCUUACGACAACGCGUCGACUCAAUUGUUAACCCAAUUCGAAAACUUUAGCGACUUUUUCAGAAAUGCCAGAAUGAGCACAGAUUGUCAGUACAUGUGUUCACCAUCUAACAAUAUAUAUGCACGAUUGUUGCAGCAAAGAUUUAAGCAAACGAUAAUAAGCGCUAGAUAUGGAGGCGUAACUGAAGCUACAAAAAGGCUGCUUGCUCAGUUACCAAUAUGUGCACAAUCCUACUCGAGUUCUCCAUACCUCGAUUUAUCUUUAUUUUGUUACGACGACAAAUGGGUGUCUAUGAUGGAACGCCCAAAAGCAUGUGGGGAACAUCCAAUACGCUUUUAUGCACGUGACUCGGGUCUUUUAAAAUUUAGAAUGUAUGCCGGUAUGCUAGGACGAACGACACCAACGGCUGCAAGACGAUUAGUUGCGUUCACGUUCCAUCCAACUGACCCAUUCGCAAUAUCGGUGCAACGUACUAAUGCAGAAUAUAUUGUUAGUUUUCAUGUUAGACAUGUCUAGAUCUUCCUUUUCUCGAUACAUGUAUAUUUUACUGAUGUACAAAGAGAUUUCUUAUAUCUCGUAAGAAUUGUUGAGAUCGCUAUCGCUAAAGUACAAAAUGGGGAUUCUGCUUUACGAACGAAACUAUGUUACAGCGUGAUCAUACAUGUUAAUUAUAUUUAAGGACUAUCAUCGACUGUUAGCAUGUAAGACAAUUGUAGUU